AGGAGGGCCAAGAUGGCGGAAGCGGCGGAGUCUCCGGGUGACCGGGGGAGAGCGUCGCCCAGGCCCCUGAUGCGUGAUCUAAAAGCUGUUGGGAAAAAAUUCAUGCAUGUUUUGUACCCAAGGAAAAGUAAUACUCUUUUGAGAGAUUGGGAUUUGUGGGGCCCUUUGAUCCUUUGUGUGACACUUGCAUUAAUGCUGCAAAGAGGCUCUGCAGAUAGUGAAAAAGAUGGAGGGCCCCAGUUUGCAGAAGUGUUUGUCAUUGUCUGGUUUGGUGCAGUUACUAUCACCCUCAACUCAAAACUUCUUGGAGGAAAUAUAUCUUUUUUUCAGAGCCUCUGUGUGCUGGGUUACUGUAUACUUCCUUUGACAGUGGCAAUGCUGGUUUGCCGGCUGGUACUUUUGGCUGAGCCAGGACCCGUAAACUUCAUGGUUCGGCUUUUUGUGGUGAUCGUGAUGUUUGCCUGGUCUAUAGCUGCCUCUACAGCUUUUCUUGCUGAUAGCCAGCCUCCAAACCGUAAGGCCCUUGCCGUUUAUCCUGUUUUCCUGUUCUAUUUUGUCAUCAGUUGGAUGAUUCUCACAUUUACUCCUCAGUAAAUGAAGAAAUGGAAAUUAAAAACCAGUGAAUUGAAAACUCAUCUGAAAGAUGCAAUUCACCAUGGAGCUUUGUCUCUGGUCCUCUUUUGUCUAAUUAUGGAGGUAUUUGGUAACUGGGUAGAUGAGGAGAAUAAAAGGGAGCCGUACAGCACUGUUGCCACUUAUGUAAGGAGCUGAUAUUUGAAAGGCUGUCCUUUUCCGCUUAAUGUUAUUAUUUUUUUUUUAAAUACAUGUGCAUACUACACACAGUAUAAUGCCUCCUUAAGGCAUGAUGGAGUCACUGUGGUCUAUUUGGGUGGCAACCGAUGACUGAGAAAGCACAUGGAUACAUCCUCCAAGUUGAAUGGAAUUGGUUACUAUUUUCAGUUUUGAGAAUACCAGUUCAGGUGCAGCUCUUAAACACAUUGCCUUAUGACUAUUAGAAUAUGCCUCUCUUUCAUAAAUAAGAAUGGAUAGUCCAUCUAUUUUCUUUUACUUCUCUUAAGCCAAAAAGGCAAUGACAGGUUAAGAGGGGAAGCUCAUAGAUGUGAGAGGAUAAAAUGUGCAUUAACCAAUAUUCAGAUUUGAUCAGAGGAAAUUCUACACUUGUUGCUUUAAAAAAAAAAAAGCAAAGGACAUUUAAAGAAUCAGUCUCUUUGGUCUUUUUGUAUAGUCACCUUUCUGCCAUGCUUAACAGCACUUCAGUUGGCACUCCAGUUUUUAAUCUUGCUCCCUAGCUCUGAAUAUGCAACCUAAAAUGUUAGCAGUCAACAUGUAAUUUUCCUUUGACUGAAAUUUUCAGUGGUCUAAUGCUGGAGCUAAUCCAAAUAGAAGACCUCAGAAAUUUAGAUUGGUAGGUCUCAAAUGCAUAUUGUCAUGUAGGCAGCUUCUCUUAAGGGUGGAAUGAGACAGUUUGGAUACAGCAUAGCUAUAAGGAAUUCUUUAUUAUUCUGUGUAGUCUGGCCUCUAACUAGAAAGUAAAAAAUCAGACGCCUGCAUUCAACAAUGUGAACAUGGAGGGAUUUAGUGUUCUGAUGACUGAUUAACAGAACAGCUAGAUGCUUAGAGCAUGACGUAGGAUGAGUUGCAUUUAUAGCUGCUGCCUUUUCAUAGUGGACUUAGCAGUUUUUUCAUAGACCUGUUUUUGGGGUUGGGAAAUAAUUUAUUUUUUUGGUUUUAGACUUUUUUAAUAAAGCUAAUUUAGCCCUUUAGACAAGUACAUUUUGCACAUGUGCACCUACUUGUACUCACAGAUAUUUAUGCACACAAGUGUGAAGGUUUUUCAGGGAGCAGAGUGUCUGGGACAGGCUGAUUCUUAGCUAAAAAGGGCUCCUUUAAGGUAAUAUGAGCUGUCGCCGUCUAUAAAUUGCACAUUGAAGAACUCUAAUAAUUAGAGAUUCAAAAUCAGGCAGAAAACAGUCAUUGUAAAUAUACAGUUACUUAUAAAGAUAGGAAUUUCUUAGUCCACAUUUUUUUCUUUAUCAUAGAAUUUAAAUAUUCAUUUUGUAUUGAAAGACUACCUACACAUAGACAUACAAUUCUAAAAAUUAAUUUUCUCCAUCCGCAGAUUAACCAAGUGAACAAUACUAAGCCAAAGGGUUCUUGGAAUGAUAUUCAAUUACAAAGCAUGACAAAGUUGGUCCCCUGUGUUCCUGCUUUGUCCAGAGUUUUUGGUUAUAUAUUUGCAUUUAUUGCAAUUUACCUUUUAAAUUGUAAGACAAAGCUCAUGUUUCAGUCUUGAAUUGGUAAAGAAAAUAUUUUGAAACUGAUCCCAUGUUUCAGUCUUGAAUUGGUAAAGAAAAUAUUUUGAAACUGAUCCUAAUUUUGAAAUUGGUCUUAAGUUAUCAUCCAUUUCCAUUGUCUGAAAUUUUCUAACUUCCCACUAAAAAUAUCUCUUUCCCAAUGUUAUUUUAUAAUCUGUCCCAGUGAUUAUAAUGCACUAGUAGAGAAGUAACCAUGCUGCUCAAAGGAAAUUAAGUCUUUACUUAAUUUUACUCAAGCUAAACAUUUGGUCAGAGAGGCCUAAGGUGACCAGUUUGGGGGUUUCUUUGUGUGUGCAAUGGAAGAUGGGUUAUACAUAUGGGGUAUUAAGGCAGCUUGUUCUAUGUAUUAAUCUGUUGCCCUUGGGUGAUUUAGGGAAUGGUUUUAUGUGAUUUAAAUGAAGGUGAAUAAAAUGGAGGUUUAAUUAUCUAUUUAUGAAAGUACGUGGUCAGUUUGAAGAUAUAAAUAAAUAUUUUCUUAAUAUAUGAAAAAAGAGUGCAUUGCUUUCUGUGCCAGAAGAUUUGAAUGUCUGAAAGUUGUAAUCCUCAACACAGCUUUUUCUGAUUUGCUGCAAAGGUGCAUGGCUGAUUAUAGAAAUGAGGACUAGAAGGGGAGGGGACUCCAACAAAGGAAACCCUGUUGCAGGAAUUGGGAAGUUUCAUGCUUCAGAUGAAAUUCAAGCAUGUGAGCAUCACUUUAGAAUGUGGUGUAUCACUGCUGUCAUGAAUGAUCACUUACUGCUCCUACUUCUAAGGCUGAGACUCCAUUGUCAUAUUCUUUAGCAAUAGGAAGGGUGAAGACUGGAUUUAAUUGCUGUUCAGAUUAUAAAAACUCAGUUGAUACCAACAUAUUUGAAUGUGCAGUAUGGUCUUAAACGUCAACCAUUAGUCCUUUGCCUCUUAAGAGGUGUAUUACGGGAAUUGAAUUUGAUCUUUUCAUUGUGGUGAGGUUUUUCUGUUGUUUGACGAGGUGAGGUGCAUGGGACUGUUAAGCAUUUUACUGUUUACUGUAUUUGUCUUUUUAUGAGCAGUAUCACUCAAAAUGUGAUUAGAGGUCUAGCAAGCCUUUAUUUGGAGAUUAAAUUGUGUACUUUAUAUAAUCUAAUUACUUACUGUAUUUGGACUGUCUGUUUAUUCCUGGAGAUGAAAAUGAAAAUCUCCUGUCAGUUCAAAUUCUUGGGUAACAUCAAGUCACUAGAAUUUAUCUAAAGCUUAUAUUGAUUUGAUAAGACAUCCAUUGCAUGCAGCUGUUUUAGUCCAGUGUAAAACAUUGAAAUUGUGAUUCUUAGACUAGUUUCUGAGACAUUUGGAUGGAAAUAAAUGUAUGAAUGUUAAUCCAUGUAUGUAAAUUAGAAACAA